AUGGACCAUAUGGCUUCCAAAUACCCGCUAUGGAAGCGUGUGCUUCAUAAGUUCCAGGCGCGGAGAGAUAUCCCGUUUCGUAAGAAGUUUUUCGUCGGCUACGACCUCCAUGGAAACACGUACUGGGAGUUCACAAUAGAUGGAAACAUGCACCGUCUCCGUAGAAAGUUGGAGCCUUUCCAGGAAUCGCCUUUCAAAUCUGACUACUUCGAGACCGUGCCUCCACAAUGGCUUCAGUGGCUCCGCCGGACAAAAAGAGAUGCCCCCACUUUGCAAGAACUCAUGGACGACCAGCUCAGGCAACAGCGGAUCAAGAUUUUGGCAAUGCACGCCGACCAGAAAUGGACGAUGGAAAAGCAACGUUUGGAGCAAGAACAGGCGUUCAAGCUCCAGGCUGAGUUGGACAAGGUGAAACAGGAAAAUGCUUCCUUCGAACUCCGGCAGAAGGAGACUAUUGAGAAAAGCGAUACAGCCGAUCCUUGGGCCGAGUCCGAGGCGAGAGCCAAGGAAAACCCAAUCGAGUCUGCGGUUUUGAAACCAAGAAAGUGA